CCCCAUCCAAAGUGCUCAUUUUUCAUCUCACUAAAAAGAACCAAACUCAUAAAGCAAAAUUUUAUAGCCGUUUCUAUUCUCUCUCUUUCUCAAAAGUUUCUAUCUUUAGAGCCGCAUGUUCUUCUUCUCUUUCUUUUGCCUAUCAGAUAAUGUAAAGCCCAGCAAAGUUUUAGCAAAGAUUUCUCUCUAAAAAUUUUGAAAGACAAACGUAAAAAGGGUUUUUCUUUUCUUUUUCCUUGAAGAAUGGCUUUGGGUAAGUUCUUGGGUCUGUUUCUUAUCCACAUUGCUCUGCUUUUGGGCUUGUGUUUUGCUGGAGAUCCGUUUGUUUUCUAUGAUUUUGAGGUCUCUUACAUCACUGCUUCUCCUCUGGGUGUUCCCCAACAGGUUAUUGCUAUUAAUAACAAGUUUCCUGGUCCCACUAUCAAUGCAACUACUAACAACAAUGUCGUUGUCAAUGUUCGAAACAAAUUGGACGAGAGUUUACUCAUCCAUUGGUCUGGGAUUCAACAGAGGCGUAGUUCAUGGCAAGAUGGACUUCCUGGAACUAAUUGUCCAAUUCCUCCAAAGUGGAACUGGACUUACCAGUUCCAGGUUAAGGACCAAAUUGGGAGUUUCUUCUACUUUCCAUCACUGCACUUCCAGAGAGCGGCUGGUGGUUUUGGCGGCUUUAUGAUAAACAAUAGGGAUAUUAUUCCAAUUCCUUUUGACACCCCUGAUGGGGACAUUACCAUUAUGAUUGGUGAUUGGUACACACGCAACCACACGGCUUUGAGAAAGGCACUUGAUGCUGGAAAAGACCUAGGGAUGCCUGAUGGAGUUCUUAUUAAUGGAAAAGGCCCUUACCGAUAUAAUGAUACUCUUGUACCUGAUGGCAUCAAUUAUGAAACGAUUAACGUUCACCCUGGGAGAACUUACCGCCUUCGAGUGCACAAUGUGGGAAUAUCAACCUCCUUAAAUUUCAGGAUUCAGAGCCAUAAUUUGCUUCUGGCAGAGACUGAGGGAUCAUAUACAGUGCAGCAGAACUACACUAGCUUAGACAUACACGUAGGACAGUCUUAUUCUUUUCUCCUAACCACCGAUCAGAAUGCAAGUACUGAUUACUACAUUGUAGCAAGUGCUAGAAUGGUUAAUGAAUCACUGUGGAAACGAGUUACUGGUGUUGCCAUUUUGCGUUAUUCAAAUUCAAAAGGAAAGGCAGCUGGUCCCCUCCCUGAUCCACCACAGGAUGAAUAUGACAAAACCUUUUCAAUGAACCAAGCAAGAUCUAUCAGAUGGAAUGUAUCCGCCAGUGGUGCUCGCCCUAACCCACAGGGAUCUUUUAGAUAUGGUUCAAUCAAUGUGACAGAAAUUUAUGUGUUGCAAAACAAGCCACCAGUGACUAUUGAUGGGAAACGUCGAACAACACUCAGUGGGAUAUCAUUUGUCAAUCCUGCUACACCAAUCCGGCUUGCUGACCAGUUCAAGGUUAAGGGGGUGUACAAGCUUGAUUUUCCCAAAGCACCACUUACAGGGUCACCUAAGAUGGAAACAUCCGUAAUUAAUGGAACGUAUAGGGGAUUUAUGGAAGUUAUCCUGCAGAACAAUGACACCAAGGUGCAGAGCUAUCACAUGAGUGGAUAUGCAUUUUUCGUUGUUGGAAUGGAUUAUGGUGAGUGGUCAGAGAAUAGCAGGGGCACAUAUAACAAGUGGGAUGGCAUUGCCCGCACCACAACACAGGUUUAUCCUGGUGCGUGGACGGCAAUCUUGAUAUCACUUGACAACGUUGGAGUCUGGAACCUCAGAACAGAAAACCUUGACUCGUGGUAUCUUGGCCAAGAAACAUAUGUCAGGGUUGUCAAUCCAGAGGCUACGAACAAAACUGAAUUCCCUAUGCCAGACAACGUGCUCUAUUGUGGGGCCCUCAGCAAAUUGCAGAAGCCGCAGGAUAUCUCUUGGGCAACAUCAAUCACAGGCAGUAGAUCGAAACUGUUCUUCACGGUGCUGAUGAUUACCUCUGCACUACUUUUCCUUUCUCGCUAGGUGUUUUCCUUUGGGGUGUCUGUGUUGCUUGUCAGAGCCUAGCUUCCCACGUAAGGUUUGUGGUUGUGUGUUUAGGUGUGUAAGUGUAGUCUUGUUGAUAUGAAUCUUGGGUGACUUUGACAUGUAUUUUUUUUUGUUGACAAUGUUGUUAAUGCUCCCGGGGUUCCUUGUUUAAUUUGUUGGGAAUAUCAUUCUUUUAAUACCUAUAAUUUAUGUACUGAUGACAAUUCAUCAAUUUUCAAUACAGUUUAACCUCAUGUGUCUAGAUUUA